AUGUCAGAAAAAAGAAAAUUUUAUUUCAAAAAAAACAAAGAUGGUAGUGGUUUUAAUACAAAGAAAAAAAACAAAACAUUAAAUGUUGAUGAUUUAAAUUUAGAAAUGGUUCCAUGCCCAUUAUGUGAAAAUAGUUUAUAUGAUAAAACCAAUAAUACUAUAAAUGAACAAAAAGAUAAAAAUACUACAGAUAAUACCACCAACACUACAACAACAACAGCAGCGAUCACAACCCCAAUUAAUGAAGAUAAUACCGCCACCACAACAACAACAACAACAACAACAACAACAACAAACAUUAAUGAAAAUAAUGAAAAUGAAAAAAUAAUUAAAAUAUUUUCAAAAAGAUUAAAUAAAUUAUAUUAUGGGUGUGGUGAAUGUGGAUUAGUUUAUAUGCAUCCACAUUUUCAUGUUGAAAAUAAUAAAGAAAAAGAUCGUUAUGAAUUACAUAAGAAUUCACCAACUGAUGAAAAAUAUAAAUCGUUUUUAAAACCAUGUGUUGAAAAAUUAAAUCUAUUAUUAGAAAAAGAGUUGAAUCAAUUUGGAAAUGAUGAUAAUAAUAAUAAUAAUAAUGAUAAAAAAGAAGAAAAAAAAAAAGAAUUUAUUGGAUUAGAUUAUGGUUGUGGUCCAGGUCCAACAUUAUCAUUAAUGUUUAAAGAAAUUGCAAAUCUUAAUGUUGAAAAUUAUGAUCCAUAUUUUAUGAAACAUGAAAUGGUUGAAAAAGUUGAAAAUAAUUUAAAAAUAAAAACAAAUCAAAAACAACAAGAAGAAAAAGAAAAAGAAGAAGAACAACAACAAAAAGAAGAAGAAAUUAAAUCAUUUAAAUUUAUAACAUGUACUGAAGCAAUUGAACAUUUUAAAUAUCCAAUUAAAGAUUUAAAUAAAAUUAUUAAUGGUGGUUUAAUUUCAAAAGAUGGUGGAUAUUUAUUAAUUAUGACUCAAUUAUUAUUAAAUGAUGAAAUGUUUGAAAAUUGGCACUAUCCAAGAGAUUUCACUCAUAUUUGUUUUUUUAGACCAAAAACUAUUGAUUGGAUUGCUCAAAAAUUCAAUGCAAAUUUAUUAGAACUUGAUCAAUCAAAAGGAAUAUCAAUAUUUUAUUUUGGUGAAAAAAAUAAUUAA